GGCCAACCCUGAGUUACCCGCUAUUUGGACCGUGGGCCAGCGAAUUUGGCAGCGAGACUUCCCAGGGAUCUACACGGCGAUCGCUGCUCAUCAGUGGACCGAAAACAUCUGUCCUGUCAUGGAGGCCCUUCAAGGAUUUUCCAAGUCUCUGACGUCAGGACAAACGUAAAGUCAACAACAGCGACCACCACAACAACAACAUCAACAUCUUCCAGCCUGGAUGUCAACACGGACUUGUUUACCAAUGACGGGGCACGGCCCAGGUCAGCUGAUCCUCCUCCCAUUCACUCACAUGGACCCUGUUUGUGUCUGUGGGGUCCAGCGGUUGUGUCACGGUCAGGAGGAACACAGUGGUCAGCAUCAGGUGACACAUGCUACGACAGUGGGAGGGGCAGGGAGGGGGGGUAUUUCUCUGAAAAGAUUCAAGGCCUGCAAGCAGACAGGAAUGUGAGCUGUGGUUGGUCAGGAUUGGAUGACACCAUCUGCGAGGGGCCGGUAUAAAAGUCCUCAGCUGCUAGCCCUGCACCAGAAUAGAUACCAGCGUUCCCACCAGCAUUAACAGGGAAAGUUCUACCGAGCUGCUCUUUGAAGAUCUUUUUUUUUGUCCACUAAGCCUAAAGAGUGAAGACACUACUUUACUCUUCUGGGACUGAUUUUUGUCUUAGAUUUUAUUUUAGAUCCACUUUUACAGCAAUGGACGUCCAGAGGAGCGGAACUAUGGUUCGACCCCCCAGCCCCAUGGACAGCCUGGAGAAGCAGCUGAGCUGUCCCAUCUGCCUGGACAUGUUCACCAAACCAGUGGUGAUUCUGCCCUGUCAGCACAACCUGUGUCGUAGUUGCGCUAGCGACCUGUACGACUCCCGCAACCCGUACCGCUUUUCCGGCGGUGUCUUCCGUUGUCCCACCUGCCGCUUUGAGGUUGUCCUCGACCGCCACGGUGUCCACGGCCUGCAGCGCAACCUGCUGGUAGAAAACAUCAUUGACCUCUACAAGCAGCAGCAAGAGGGAAGCAACAGUGGGGAUACAGAGACCAACCUGAAACCUAAAGAGUCCAAAGACCCCAUGUGCCAAGAACACGAGGAAGAGAGAAUCAACAUCUACUGCGUGACGUGCCAGGUGCCCACGUGCUCCAUGUGCAAGGUCUUUGGUCAACAUAAGGACUGUGAGGUGGCCACUUUGGCCAGUGUGUACCAGAUCCAGAAAGGAGAACUGAGUAAUGCUAUAGAUACCCUGGUGGCCAGCAAUGGCCGCCUGCAGGCGCUGCUCAACCAGAUGGACGACGCCUGUCGCGCCGUGCAGGAUAACGCCCAGCAUGCUAAGCAAAAGCUAGUUGAGAGCUUUGACCUUUUGUACGCCGUCCUUGAAGAACGCAAGGCCAUUUUACUGGAGCAGAUCGGCAAAGAGCAAGACGAGAAGGUGGCGGCUCUCCGUAGUCUGGCUCAGCGUUACGGAGAACGACUGCAGGCUAGCUCCGUGCUCACAGAUUCAGCCGUCAGGGCUCUGGAGCACAGCAGCGCGGCGGAGUUCUUGGUGGCCGCCAAGGGUCUUAUCACUCAGACCAAGGACGCGGCUAAAGGUUCUCUGGGCGAGGAGAGGCCGGAGCCAGGCUUUGAGAAGAUGGACCGCUUCACUGUGUCCACAGAGCAUGUGCAAACAGUCCUGUCAAAGAUGGACUUUGGGACUUUGGGAGACAGCGACGAAUCUGAAGAUGCUGAGCAGGAAGAAGAAGAGGAGGAGGAGGAGUAACGACGAUGGUCCAAAUGUUGGUUGGACUUGGGAAUAACGUACUGUAAAGUUUUGGGGAGGUUUUUGUGAAAGGCAGAGUUUAGUGUUGAACUCGUCAGUGAUAGGGCAAUGUUAGCAGCGGGCUAAUUGGCUUAGCCUGAUGUUCAGUGCAAUAUUGAAUUUCAAUGUUUUGAUUCUGUAUUUGUGUUUCUUUUUAUACUUUUGUACCUCUGAGCUGAUGAAAUGGUGAAAAGGUUCGUUAACAGUUGUUGUGAAAGGCUAACAUAUAAUAUGUUAGCCUGAUGCUAAAUGUUUAAACUCUUUAUUCUGAAGGUCGUUGAAGAUUGUGUUGAACAGGUUUCCACGCCGUUGUUCGUUGACUGUUGAAAUAAAAGUGCAUGAAGUCGA